GACGGGACCGGUUGACAGAAAGUUUGGUAUUCUACUACGGUGAUGUGUCGUUCGUUGUGUAGUGUCAUCGUGCGUUGUAUCGACUCGACGGAAAAUUUAGCGAAAAGUCGCGUGUCAGCGACAGUUACGAUCAUUUACGAUAACGAUAACGUGAAUCGAAAGUAAUUAGCUGGCAGUGUGUGGUGCUGUGGGGCAGGAGACGAUGAGGGUCGGGGGGAUAAUUCGGGUGGCGACUUAAGGGCAGAAAUGUUGAAAUUUGGUAGUAAAAGUGACGUUACGGUGGUGCAUCGCGCCACUAUUCGACUGCUAGACGACGCCGAAAUUAUCCACUGCGACUUUCAGCCUCAGCACAAAGGAAGAUAUAUUCUCGAAUAUGUAUGCAAGCAACUCAAUAUCUUGGAAACGGAUUACUUUGGACUUCGCUACGUGGAUCAUUGUAGGCAAAGGCAUUGGUUAGAUCUGGCAAAAACAGCGAUUAAGCAAGUAAAAGACAUGGAACCGAUUCUGUUCAGUUUUCGCGUGAAAUUUUAUCCACCGGAUCCUCUGAGGCUGAAGGAAGAAAUAACUAGGUAUCAAGUUUACCAGCAGCUUAAGAGGGACCUUCUUCACGGACGACUAUAUUGCAGUCCAGGUGAAGCAGCGCUGCUGGCGGCGUGUAUCGUGCAAAGCGAAUUAGGAGACUACGAACCUAAAAUUCACGAAGGAAACUACAUUUCCGAGCACAAAUUACUGCUUAAACAGACGGAGGUUAUCGAAGAAAAAGCUAUGAAACUACAUCAAACAGAAUUGAAGGGAUUCACUCCGGAGCAAGCGGAAACUCACUUCCUUAGAUUAGCAUCGCAAUUGGAUACAUAUGCUGUUGAUCCACACCCUGUAAAGAAUCAAAUUUUAUGUAGCGUUUCCAAGUUGCUACUUGAUUAUGAACCAGUUGGAAUAAAGUGUCGAAUUCAUCUGGGACUGCAAAGAGUUAAAGUAUAUCACGUGUACUUGAUGAAAGGAUUUAUAUUGAGGAAAGGGCGGAUAUUAACUGGCGAAUUAGGAGACUACGAACCUAAAAUUCACGAAGGAAACUACAUUUCCGAGCACAAAUUACUGCUUAAACAGACGGAGGUUAUCGAAGAAAAAGCUAUGAAACUACAUCAAACAGAAUUGAAGGGAUUCACUCCGGAGCAAGCGGAAACUCACUUCCUUAGAUUAGCAUCGCAAUUGGAUACAUAUGCUGUUGAUCCACACCCUGUAAAG